UCUCUGAUCAAAGGGAACAGGCGUGCUGAUCUCUUCAAUCUGUUGUAGCAUCUUCUUCUUUAUGAGAACUGUCCUCCCCUCCGUUAUUACUGCUAACACCUCUAUUAGUGCUGCUUACAGUCAUCUCUCUCACCUGACUUGCUGCGGCUUUACCAACAGCUUACCGCACUUCUUGCCCACUGCCGCUGGCCCCUAGCAGCGGCCUUCUACCACUCCCUGACGAUAGAACCCAUUGAAACAUGCUGUUAGCGCAUACUAGUACUAACGCCUCGCGCUUUUAGACGGGCAGCGAAGACAGGAAUACCACUAGUCAGGCCAUAACAGGCCGUCGCGACCACCCGCAAUCGUCGCGGCAAUAGAUUCCACGAAUUGGCGACGCGUCUUAAAAAUAGUCGAUGGACCGACGGAGAAGUGGCGACCGGGCUUCCCCCUGGGUAGCGAAGCGCUUCAGCAUCUAGCAAGGGGCGUCAGAACGUCACCUUUCUUGUAACGUCACUCACAUGAAAUCUAGAACCAUAGCUUAACGCGACUUCAGUCCUGGAUUGAGCGUACUUAAGAGCACCAACAGAGAUUCUACAUCCUCCGAGAGUCUACCAACUCCACUAUCGAGCAUCCCGCUUACGCACGCGCACCUAUUUCGUUCGUGCACUAAUUACGGCCUGCCAUUCCGAAGCGCGCGCCCCCACCCAAGCGGCAAAGCUCUUUCCAGAAAAGGUCGCUCGAUUUUUUACGCCUCUCAGCCGCUUCACAGCAGUUAUUGACCGGCGCCGGCGUUGCAACAGCACCAUACACCCUUCCGGGAGUUUCGGAAGUGACUUUUGAGUCGACUCAAAAGUCACUGCACGUGUUGAUCGGCGCCGGCGUUGCAACAGCACAAUACAUCCUUCUGGGAGUUUCGGAAUCCGCUCUUCCGCUCUUCUGUCCUUCCGACCUCCGUCCUUCCGUCGCAUCACCAUACGACCCUCCGACCAUUCUACCAUCAUGGUGCCGUUCCGUCGAAAGCGGCUCGAGCUCCAUCCUCAACUCCGUCGUUUUUUUCUCUCCGCAGCGGGGCUGAUUAUCCUCUGCUUAGUAGCCGCCGCAGCAGCCGCAGCGGCAGGAACAGCCGGCGGCGGCGGCGCUAGCGGCGCGGGCAGGAGACUGCUGUCCGCGGAAGAGCGAGCGCGGCUGGCGCAUGCGCGGAGUCGCGCGGAGCAGCUCGCACGGCUGGGGAUGGUAGGCGUGCGCGGAAGAGAGGCGCAAGCGGAAGCGGCGCAGCGGAGAGCGGCGGCGCGCAAAGGAUACGAUCGGCUGGUGCGGAAGGCGCGGAGAGCAUCGGCGCGAGCGGGGGACGAUUGGUGCCGCGGGCUGUCGGACGGCCUCCAUGGGGACGCGCGCGCGCACCCGCCGCUCAGGGCCUACUUCCGCUGCUCGAGCUUCUCACUCGCAGGACUCUUCUUCUGCCCGGGGGCUGCCCGUUUCGACGAGGAGGAAGGGCGGUGCGUAGAGGGGAGGAGGGCUGCAGAGAGCGCCGCUGCUGGGGAAGAGAUGGCAGCUCUUUGGAUAGGCAGCAGUAGCAGUGGCAGCAGCAGCAACAGCAGUGGGAGGAACCGGGGUUACAGUGAGGAGGAUGACGUGUAUGGGCCUUCUAGGGCCGCUGGGAGGGCGCACAAGGGGCUCACAGGGCGCAAAGACGGGAAAGCAGGCUUCAGAAGGGCGUCGCUUGAGGACGCAGCACGGACGGAUGGCCGGAGCUUGAGUGGGAGUGAAAAGAGUGUGCCCAGCAGUAGUUCUUCUGGUGCAGGAAUCGUCCUGGAUACAGCUGCCGCUCCUGCUGCUGCUGCUCCUGCUGCCGCUCCUUCUUCUCCUGCUCCUGUCGCCCCUUUGGUCGACCCGCAAGCAACAGCUGAGUUGAACGCCCUUUUGGCGUUCAAAGCGUCGAUCAUUGACGUCAACAACGUGCUCCGCUCGUGGGUGGUGCCUCGCCAUGCCACCAACUCCACCGACCCGUACUCCUUCGUCUGCCUCUGGCGCUUCGUAGCCUGCUCCAACCCACCUAAAGCCACAGCAGCAGGAGCAGGAGCAGCAGCGGCCCCACGGCGUGUGAUGGCAGUGCAGAUAGAGGAGAACGAUGAGGGGACUAUCGGCAUCAUUAUGGCGUCCACACGCAACAUCACAUCAGCCAUUGCUAUGAGCGUGGAAGACAGCACGAGUGGCUUUCUCAGUGAUGGCAGCAGCAGCAGCAGCAGCAGCAGCAGCAGCAGCGGCGGUGGGGGCAGCAGCAGUACGGCCAUUCCUCCUCUUCUACCUCAGGAGUUUUCAUCCCUAACGGCUCUCCAAAAUCUCACCAUUAAAAACUCUCAAGACUACCCUGUUAUUGCCGGCCUGAUUGGAGCCUUCCCAACCCAGCUCUCCGCCUGUUCCUCUCUGCGCAAGCUAGACCUGGCGUUUCACCGCAUCAUUGGAGGGAUACCAGACAGCAUAUCGCAGUUUAAGAGCCUCAGGGAGCUGCGUCUUGAUUUCAAUCUGAUCACAGGAAGUCUCCCUACAGGCCUCUUUUACCUGCCCAGCCUGGAGAGUCUAGAGCUCCCCAACAAUGCGAUUUCGGGGUCUAUUCCGCCGCAAGUCUCCCUCCUAAGCAAGACACUUAUGCACCUGGACCUGAAUCAUAACCAUCUCUCGGGCAGCCUGCCCGAGGAGAUCGGGCAGCUGAAAAAACUCGGCAUUAAACCCUUCAAUGCGGGCUUAUCUCUCCAGAACAACAACCUCUCCGGCUUGCUCCCAGCAUCCAUCUCCAACCUCCACUCCCUGCAAUGGCUCGACCUCAGCUACAACCAGUUCUCCGGGUCUCUCCCCCAGGGAGGCGCAUUCCUCUCAACCCUCUCCCAGCUUGCGAUUCUCCAAAUCUCCUCCAACCACUUCACCGGGUCGCUGCCGCUCUCCUUCGCCUGCACCACCAGCGUUUUCGCUCUCUCCCUGGCUGUCAACCAGUUCUGGGGAACGCUGCCUGGGAGUCUGGACGCCUGUGCUCCGAUGCUUACGGAUCUCGAUGUGUCGAGCAACAACCUCACGGGACCCCUGCCGCCUACCCUCUGGAAAUCGCUGGAAGGUGCUUACAUGCUGGGACGCUUGGUGUUUAGCAACAACAGCUUUUCCGGCAGCCUGUCGCCUGCGUUUGCAGGGAUUGCAACGCUCGCGCUGUUCGAUGCUGGCAACAACAAUCUGUCCGGUCUGCUGCCUGACUUGAAAUCUUGUCCGAUUGCCACCGCGCUGAACAGCAUAUACCUGGGGAACAAUUCGUUUUCGGGCAGCAUCCCCCCGGGUUUCGUCUGCAAGCAACUGCAGUACUUGGAUCUGAGGAACAACUCUCUUUCCGGUGACCUGCCCGACGUCCUCGUGGGACUAAACAGCGGGCAGCUGAAAAACAGCACAACUGCACCAGCAGCAGCGGCAGCAGCAGCACCAGCUAUUCUCAAGGCAUCUCCUCAUCUUGCUCAGCUGAAUCUAAGCCACAACAGUUUCAGGGGGCCCAUCCCUCUGGGCGGCAACUGCAAGAACCUCAUUCACCUCCGCCUAGACCACAACAACUUCUCUGGUCCUGCUGCUCCUGGUGCCUUAGCCACGUGCCGCAACCUUAACUACUACGAUGCUUCCAGCAACCAGCUCACAGGAACGGCAGCGGAGGUGGUCGAUAAACUGACCCGCGUCGUGGGUGUGGUGUCGGUGCGGCUUGGUGGUAACCGCAUCCAGGGGGAGAUCCCUCCGGCCGUUUCAACUUUGAGCUCACUGAGAGAGCUCAACCUGUCCGGCAAUGUGCUCUUGGGAUCAAUUCCUGACGCACUCUCUUUGCUGAACCGCCUGCAAGUGCUGGAUCUGAGUGGCAACAGCCUCUCCUCCUCCCUCCCCUCCUCCCUCGGCUCCUUCCGCUUCCUCUCCCUCCUCGACGUCAGCCGCAACGGCCUCUCCAGUUCCAUCCCCCCCCAGCUCGCCCCGCCCUUCCUGCCCUUCCUCGCCCUCCUCAACCUCUCCCACAACGCCUUCUCCGGAGCCAUUCCCUUUGGUUUCUCCAACGCCAACACCACCGCCACGGCGCUUGACUUCUCUUUCAACCGCCUUUCCGGGGAGAUCUACCCCGGCAACCUCUCCCUCCUCCCCGCCUCCGCCUUCGCCGGAAACCCGGACUUGUGCGGCGGGGCGGGCUACCCCGCGUGCCCGACCCCCCCCGGGCAAUCCCUGUCAACAGGGGCGGUUGUGGGGAUUGUGGUGGGGUGCAUGGCGGUGCUGGUGACGCUGGUUGUAGGCUUGUGGUACUGGCUGUUUUUCCAGCGCGCGUCGGGGCUGGAGGGCGGCACGAUGCUGGUAUUUGAGCGCCUGGACUUCAAGCUCAGCAUCCGCUCCAUCGUUGACGCCACCGACAACUUCAGCAACAAGUUCCUCCUCGGCCGGGGGGGCUUCGGCUCCGUCUACAAAGCGACCCUGGCAGACGGGCGGGAUGUGGCGAUAAAGCGGCUGGCAGUGGGGUCGACGCAGGGGCAGCGGGAGUUUGAGGCGGAGAUGCACACGCUGGGGGCGGUGCGCCACCGCAACCUCGUCGUGCUCGUUGCUGCCUACCUCUCGCGCCCGCCCUCGCAGGAGCGCCUCCUCAUCUAUGACUUCCUUCCGGGGGGCUCCCUCGACCACGUGCUUGCAAAAGACAUGCCCACAGGGGAUGGGGAUGGGAGCGGGGAGGGAGGGGGGAAGGGGGCACCUCCCCACCCCAUGCGGCAGUGGGAGGUGCGACGCAACAUUCUGGCGGGCACGGCGCGGGGGAUGAAGUACCUGCACCACAACUGCAUCCCGGGGAUCAUCCACCGCGACAUGAAGCCCGCCAACGUGCUCCUCACUGACUCCUUCGAGGCCAAAGUCGCCGACUUCGGGCUUGCGAGGGAGAUAGAAACGGGCAAGACGCACAUGAGCACGAGCGUGUUCGGGACGAUCGGGUACUUGGCUCCGGAAUACUCGCAACGGGGCCGGCUCUCGUUCAAAAGCGACGUCUUCGCGUUCGGGGUGCUCGUUCUGCAGGUGAUUACAGGGAAGCUUCCCACAGAUGAGGACUUGGCUGAAAGAGGGUUGUCGCGGUGGGUGGGGGCGAACCCGAUUGCGAACAUUGUGGACCGUCGGAUCGACGACCGCGAGAAAUUUAUGGACGAGAUCAAGGCGGUGGUGACGCUGGGUCUGCGGUGCACGUCUCGCGUGGCGGCGGACCGCCCCUCCAUGGCUGAGGCGCUGCAGCUGCUGGAGGAGCUGAGCGCCUUCGCCCAGGGGAUGGGGGGGGAUGGGGAGAAGGGGGGGUGGGGUGGGGAAGAGAAGGAUGCUUGAGAAGCUAGUGCCUUCGCCCAGGGGAUGGGGGGCGGCGAGGAUAAGGGGGGGGCAGGUGCGGAGGGGGAUGCAGGUGGGGAAUAGAGAGAGCACGAGUAGGAGGGCGCUGAAGUAGUAGGAGCACGAGAAGGGGGGUGGUGGGUGGGGAUGAGAAGGAUACUUGACGAGCUGAGCACCUUCGCCCAUGGCAUGGGGAAUGGGCAGAGGAGGAGAGAGGGAAACAAGAGGGAGGGAAUGGUGGUGCCGAGUAGAAGGAGCGCGAGUAGGACAGGGCUGAAGCCGCUAGAAGAGAUGAGCGGCUUCGCCGGCUCUGUGCAUGGGGGAAGAGGAUGGGGAGAGGAGGUGCGGGGGGAGGGGAAUGGAGAAGAGUAGAUGGAUGAGGGGUAGGAGAAGGGGUGGGAAAUAUCAAUAGGAGACUAGUAGGGAAGGAGAGAGUGUGGGGAUACUGUGUGGGAAGGAGGUGUGGGCUUUGGGAGGGUGCUGUUUUGGCAGAAUGGCAGAAGGGAGUGGUUGUGGUGGGUGAGAAGGGUUUUGUUCAGCAGGGCUUGCUUGGGUACAAGAUGCAGCGGCUAAUUGUGACGACUUUCCUUAUUGUGGUACAGUGCACCCUUGUCUCAUGCUCUAAGCAUAAUGCAGCUAGACACUGCGGUAAAUGAGGCUGCAAGUGUUCAAAUUAUAUUUUAUAUAAUUGUAGGCUUGAUAGUUGUGCUACUGCAUCCCACUGUAGAGGGGAUAACUCCCCUUCUUGUACCUGAUUCUCUUCUAGUUCAAACCUCUUCUCUCU